AUGUUCCCUUCUACUCCACAGUCGAAACCAUGCCCCCUGUUCCCACUACGCCAGGAAGAUUGCAACAACAAAGGCUUGCACAACUGUUUUUGGCGGGCGAAGAAAGCUGGACAAGCAUCAUGUUCGCUGUGUGGCUCUCAAGCCCCGGCGGCCCACGAUGCCGUGCUGAUCUCUCUGUCUGGUCCUGCUUGGAGGCGUCCGUGCGAAUACAACCCCAACCCUCCCCCUGGUUGGACUAGUUCCCACCAGGAGCGACGUUCGCAAACCGCCUCUUCGAGUAGUCCUCCCAUGUCCCCGGUCGUCGUCCGAAUGAGUCUUCAAGGGCCAGAGAAACAGUUGGCCCCGGCAGGCAGGUGGAGGCUUUCCCCUUCUGGAGUAAGACAUGCAGAGCGCGUCUGCGAGGCGCCUAACCCCGAAACAGCGAAACAUGGCAAGACAUCCCACGAGGCACGUCUUUCUCCCCAAUGCGCCACGGAUUUGCCGCCGGGGAAAGAGAAGAAUACUGGAGCAAAGCCUGUGAUCAGUGACACGCACAUCUACGACGCUGAAGCCUGGAAAGGAGAGUGGGAGGAAAAGGAAAAAGAGGAGUUCGCAACCCACGAUCUCAACAUUCUGCGUUGCUGA